CAAAAAGGGUGCUGUUGGAUUGGCACAUCAGCUCACACAGCCAAAUGAUACUACUCCAAAAGAGAGAUCAUUGUUCAUCCUAGCAUCAUCAUAUUUUUAUGCCUUUUUAAUGCAUCUAAUCAUCAUCUUUUUUCCCCCUUAAAGGAUCCCAUACAUUCAGAAUCCAUCAAAAUAAUUGGUAACUUUAUACUGCUUUUGCUAAUAAGACAUUAAGGCACAGACCCCAAUACCACAGGAUGGUACCCAACAUUUACCCAUUUUACAUUAUUUCUCUUUUUCCUCUUCUGUAAUCUUCUGUAGUUGGAAUACAAGAUUACAAAUACCUGGGACAGCACAGAGGUGAUGCAUGAGCCGGUGAUCAUCAGAUUUGAGGCAGGUGACCAAGGAUUAAUAAUGAAAGUGAAUUCCCUAUUCUUUGAUGACCCUUCUGCCCCAUCUGGUGAGCCAGGAAAGCCUUUUGAUGGACUCUGGGAUUAUGAAGUUGUUGAAUCCUUUUUUCUGAGUAGUGAGACUAAAGACUAUCUCGAAGUGGAACUUUGCCCGCAUGGACAACAUCUUGUAUUAUUGCUCUCUGGAGGAAACUGUUUUGAAAAAGGACUCGACUUGAUAUUUAAAGCAGACAUAAACUGGAACAAAUGGAAUGGCACAGCACUUAUUCCUUGGAGGUAUUUCCCACCUGGUGUUGACAAGAUGAAUUCCUACGCCAUCCAUGGGUCUGGAAUUGGAAGAACAUAUGAGGCACUUUAUCCAAUACCUAGAGAGGAUAUUGAACCAGGACAGGGGCCUAAUUUGUAGAAAUAAGGAGAACAGGCAUCUGGCAAGAUAUUGUCUGUUGGGGUCCCUCAGCUCUGGAGCUCAUUCUCCUUCUUGGUCUGACAGAUCCCAAAUCUCUUGAACUUUAAGGCAUGUGAUGUUAGACUCAUCUGUUUUCUUAUACUCCUAAUGAAGUGGCAACAUGAGGAACAUGGGAUGGACAAAUGGAGGGGGAGGUAGGGCUGGGUGAGUUACUUACCACUUGAAGAGAUGCUUAAAAUAAAGGUAAGCAAAAUGAAUACCAGAUAAGAAUAUGGAGCAAAAGGCAAACUGAUGUAAAUAAAAAUGAAAAUAAAAAAUGUUUCAUUAUCUCUAGAUUCAUACUGUGGCUGAUAUGAUAUGAAUAGAUAGAUACUAGCUAUACGUAUGAGGAGGUAUAAAUGGUUGCUAUUGUAUACUAAAUGGAAUAAAGGCAUUUUUUAAAAUCAGAAACAUGCAACAUCAAACAUAAUGAGAGUCAAGUGAGAGAGGUAUUUGAGACUUUACUCCUCUUCAGGUUGGAGUGAAACCAGAUUCAUAGCUGUAGAAGAACUCCAUAAACAUAAUUCACUGAAAUGAGAGUGUGAUAAAAGACCUUUUGCUUGCCUUUUGCAGGGAUAAAUUACACCCAAAGCUACAGAAACGUUCUUUUCUAGGUUCAGAUUAAGUGGGCUUGUAUAAUAAACAUUUCUGUAACAUUCAGCUACUUAAGCCCAGACAGCUCAAUUAGGGCUGUGCGAUAAAAUACAACUUCUGUGCACUUUGUGAGCACUUAAUGUGACUGAAAGCCUGUUAGCAAGAAAUCUUUCUGAAAAUAGGUCCUGUCAAGUGUUUAAGGAAAUUGAAUUGGCAUUGUAUUUAAAUCACAAAGCUGAAAACCAGGAGAUUUCUGGAUGCUGAGUAAUUUAAUUAUAUUGUCAUAUUUGAGUUUCUUUGCUGUCUGAGUCUCCUUUAUUUAUUAUAUUUAAUACAUUAUAAAGCUAUGAAAAAAAGAAGGGGAAGUUACUCACGCAAGCUGACAAAAGCCAGGAAAUUUAAAGUUAAUGCUGACAACGCCAUCCUCAUUUUAUGGAGUUAUCUACAAAACGCUGUUCCAUCAUGGGAACUAAGGUUAGAGUGUCAACUCUGUGACUUUGAACUUUGCAUUUGUUCAUUUGCAAAACAAUUUUUUAAAAAAUCCUAGGAUUUUCUAAAAAAAAUCUUGUGAAGAGCACAGAAAGCAAUCGUACAGCCUACGUCACAAUUAUGUAGUCUCUUAUCUAUAGUAGAAAUUAAGCAAAUGCAUAGUUUGUCAUAAUACAAACAUUUGUUCUUGUUACUACAGCUUGGAAUGAUUCCAUCAGCUUCAACAACUGCUAUGAAUUUGAUCUGAGAAAUAACAAGACAUAAUGUCAGCACAAUAAUAUAGACCAAGAUAAACUCAAUCAAGCAAAGCUCAAUCAGGCACAGGAGCAACAGGCUGCUCUGAAAUAGUGUUACAGACUUUUCAAAAUUAUCUGUGUGCCAGAGGACCCCCGCAUGUGUGCUUUCCACCCUAUGCUCCAGGAACAAUUUGGAGGCAGAGUGUUCUUGUGGUGGGCACAUGCAACUGAAAGCUAGAAAACUUUGGCUCUUGUCCCAGGUCUGUCACUUAGUUGGUUUAUAUGAUCUUGGACAAGUCACUGUGCCUCCAUUUCCCCUUUGGUAAAAUUUAGGGUGUGGUGAGGCUAAGUCAAUUAAUGUUUAAGAAUACUCUAAUGGUCCCUUCUGGCCUUAAACUCAAUGAAGUUAUGAAGGGCUUAAAGUCACAUCUGGGGAUUCAGCUCAUUGUUUAGAAAAAUGAAUACUUUAAACAAAUACCAAGUCCAGCCUCAUAAGAAGAAAGCACUAUAUCGCAUUAGCAAUCCCAGAAGACAACCCCUGUCUACUUUUAAUUGCUUUUCCUGAUGGAAAUGAGGAGUCUAGACCCCUUAAACACUAGUAAUUAUUCACCUGUUGAGUGAAGGACCACAGGGAGACUACUUUUAGGUGUAUUAAUUAUAUUUAGAUAUGGUAUGUAUGCAUUGUAUUCUGAGGAGAGGAUAGGACUGGCUUGGAAUUUUUUUGGUGAAUGUAAAUUAAGUAAUAUUUUGGGGGUACCUUAUAAACAUAUAAGUAAAGAUUCAUUCACAAAAUGAUUGUGUAGUUAAGGAGAUCAAAUAAGAUCUCAGUUUUCUUUCACCAAUUCAAGUGGCUGCAAAUGUUUCUGGAGAUAUUACACCAGCCAUAAUUAACAAUAAAAGUUUUAUUUUUAGUAUGGAUCAGAUAACAAUCUGCAGGCAGCCACUGUUAAUUUUAUAAUUUAUGUAGCAUAAAUAUGUUAGGAACUGUAUAUAGUGUGAGAUGGAUACUCGGCAAGUGCUGAUGUUUCACGCUGAUGUAGCUUGAAGAUGACAGUUCCAUCUUGUCAUACUAACAAAGUGAGAAAUUGCUGUUCCCUUUAGGGCAGAGAGCAGCUAUGAAAAUCAAUGUUUGGGAUGCCAUUUUUGCACAAUAACAGUUUCAAAUGUGUUUGUUAGUUUUACAUUUUCUGAUUCACAAAUAAUCAGAAUACAGAGUAUUUUGGCAAAUAUUAAUUAUGUUAAAGGCCUAUCAUAUGAUUAUGAAUGCUCUUUUAAUUUCCGUUUUAUUGCUCAGUAGGAAAAAUCAUCAACGCUUCUGAGUAAAAGUAAAUAUUGAGAUGUUGCAAUUUUCAUUUGACGAACCAGUCAAAUAUUUACUAUGACAUAGUAAACUGUUUUUCAUUAUUUGCUGGAACACCUCUUGUACUGAAUGAUUUAAUUAUAUACCGAGGAAGUUGCUUUUGUGUUCAGGUAACAAUUUAAAUAUGGUACAGUUGAAAAUAACAGCUGAAGGCUAACAGAAAUGGAUUCUAUAUCCUUAUAAGGACGCAGGUACACCACUAUUUGUUUUUCUUGGUGGGUUUAUUUUUAUGGUAAACAUCAAGUGGAAUUAUUACCUUAUAACUGUGAUAUAACAAUUAGCUAUAUUUGAACUUGGUCAGUGAUUACAGAGAUUUCUAGGGCUAUUCCAUAUUCUUAAGAAAAAUACCAAAUGGGUUAUUAACAUUUUUACAUCUACAUUCUGUAUGUGCAGUUCAUAAAGAGAAAGGAAGGAGCUAUUCUACUAGGUUGUUUUGGAAUCCAGAAGUAGGGAGCAUAAAGGAGUUGUGAAUGAGAGUGCAAUAAGGAUACUACUAGAGAGAUGCCAAGAAGGGGGAUAUGUGCGUCACAGAUAUCUAUGGGUAUUGACAUAGACUGGCUGCUUCACACAGACUGUGGCAUGCAAGAGAUGUGGAUCCCUGUGUGGAUCCUGGUACCCUAUCCCUUCAUGCGAUGCAGUGGGACUGCAAGAGUUCUGUUGCCCCCACAGAAUAAUACCUUUAGCAUGGAUGAUUAUUAUUUAUUUUACAAUUAUUCUGUAGUAGCUCCUAAUGGCCACAACCAGGCUGGCCUCCAUUGUACCAGAUGCUGUACAAUCACACAGUAAAUGAUAAUUAGGUCCCUAAAGAAACCUUAAAAAUCCAUGGGAAUUCACUAGACCCCCUCAUGGGAUAAUGGAGAAUCAAGAGGGCCUCACUAGAAGAUGAUGGUGAGUACCUUUGAGGUGAGGUUUCACUUUCGGACAGCCCUAGUAAAGAUUCUUUGCGUCAUAGGCAUCUGCAAUGAAUCCUUAAUGGUGCUAGGGCAUUUAUGGACUUAUCACUGUAGAACAUACAGAGCCUGAUUCACCAUUACCUUGCACUUUGUAUAGUCACUUUCACCCAGGUGGCAGGUCAGACUUAAAAUCUAUCUCUUUUUAGUUAAUAAACUUGUUUUCUUGUUUUAUCUAAUCCAGUGUGUUUAAGUUAAAGUGUCUGGGUAAGUCCAUUUAGUUUAAGUUCUGAGUAUAUUAUUCCCUUAAAGGAAUCAUGGAUUUAAUAUGUUUGGACUGUCCAGGAGAGGUCUGGGCAGUACAAGACAUACAUUUCUGUGGGGAAGUCUGGGACCGGGACUGUGUUGAGGUCACCUUGUAGUAUAACCAAGGCUGGUGAGAGCCAGGGUGUGAAUGGCAGGCUGCAGUUACAGAAACACAUCUUGGAGUGACCUACAUGCUGGCAAGCCAUUUGUGAGUGGUCCAGGUUGGGAGCUACAACACUAAGGCAUUGCAAGACACCUCAGGUUGCAGGGCCCUCACAGGUGUAGAUUGCAUUCUGGUAUGUCACAGUGGGUAUAAAAUAUUCCCGUUCAGAUUAGAUAGUGUAUAGUACUCAUUUUGUGUAUGUGCAAAUGGUUACAGAAGGUGCAAAGUGGAACAUCAGUUCCAUGAUACUUCCUGUGUACUAAUGAAAAAAGAAAAGGAGUACUUGUGGCACCUUAGAGACUAACAAAUUUAUUUGAGC